AUGUCGUUUGAAGAAGAAGACACAUUCCAGUUUUUCUUACACAGAGCUUUCAAUGCCAACUACAAUCCUGAUUUGAUACAGAGCACAGUUGAUCAGCCUAGUGAACCAAUGAACCCACCUUUUACGUUCUACGAUCGGCACCUUGGAUCGGACUACAUUUUGCACAACGUCGUACACACUCCCUUCAUUCCACAGCUUCUAUCUAAAAUUUGUGAUGUCUCUGUGAACCGGUUUAUCACAAGCGGUCAUAAGUUUUCAGCCACUGGAUACAUCUACGGCAAGGAUAUUCCUGGUACCAAGUUUAAGGACGCUAGCGGUGUUCGAGACUAUUAUGCCACCCAUGUUGGUGACACAUGCCAGGCCUACUUAUCCAAGCUCUGUGUUCAUCCAGAAGUCGAAACUUGGCCAACAGUCAUUCGAUUUAGGGAACACGACAAGGAUGCCACAUUCUAUAUGGCAGAAGGACACUUGGCUGUAUGCGAAGCGCCAUCAGGAGGUGUAUUUUGGACGCAGCAGGACGAGCUACCGAAAUCGACCACGGAUACUCUCAAUGUUCUUUUGGAUACUUUCCCCAGGUUGGCUAUGUGGCAUGUUUUCCCUAUGGUUGAUACAUUUACGAGAACAAUGCAAAAUUCGGUCAAUGACACCAAGUUUAAAUGGGAACCACUUCGCACGGCCGGUUAUCGCUUCAAGACGCGUGUAACUCUACCUCCCGAUGGCACAAUGCUCUCCAACCUUGUACACGUUCGUAGAGUGUCUCGUAGGAAAAUUCCAGGUGGACACCUAACCGAUAGGAAUACACUUGGGAAGGCAGGAAAAUUUGUCACUACGCCCACCGUUACUAAGCGAAAACGAUACCGGCCUGAUUUUCGUCAUUAUCUUCAACAUGCAUGGUCACAAGCAGCAAUCCACGAUACGACCUUCCUUGUCCUCAACUGCGGACGGUAUGAACGCAUCGGAAUUCGUCAUAGAGCCUCACGGACAUUGUAUCUCUCUGGAUUGAUUGACACGGUCAACAGCAUAGAUCCUCGAUAUAGGAAACUUCAUAUAGGUCUUUAUAUUGCCAUUUUUCAAGAUGCAUUAGAGCGUAUGAGUGCUCUCAAUGCUCCUUCUAAAUCUACUAUAGCCAAGAAACGUUCCUUGGGUGAUGAUGAAGAAUACGAGUCACCACGUUCUAAGAAACGGCGAAAAACUGGUCUUCCAACAACCUUGGCGCACGAAUCAAUCAGCGUUCAACUGGUUGACCGCAAACUAGCUCUUGUCAGUUUAGACUAUGAUGCAUUCUGUUCACCGGUUCCAUCCUCAUUUAUCCGAAUUGGAGAAUCUUGCAAACGUCAUUCUCCCACCGUCGACACAGACUGGACCAAAGGUUCAAAUGAACAGAAAAAAUUCAAUAGCCAAGAGUACUUUACGCUCAAAUUAUCCGCGCCACUCGGUCAUGGUGCAAUUGGGGUUGUUCAUCCUGCUCAAGCGGAGGUUGCACUGCAGUCCGGAGGCGUUCUGAAAGAGAAUCUUGCCUUCAAGUUAGCAUUCACCGAAGAGCAGCAAGCACGCUUAAAGAAUGAAUUCGAAAUUUAUUGCCGCAUGUCAAGAGCCACCGAUAUUGAAGGUAUUCUUGAUGUGCAUGGCCUGUUCUUUGAUGCGGAAUCUAAUGUGAUGGGACUGUUAAUGGCCAAUGGUGGUAUAACACUUCGACAACGGGAGAUCGAACGCACAGGUGCAUUUGCUGAACAGGUUAAAACAACGGCGAAGGAGAAGGACGCAUUUAAAAGAGCUCUUCAAAGUAUCCACAAUGCAGAUAUAAGGCAUCAGGAUAUCCGAGCGGACAAUCUGACGGUCACUCCUGAUGGUAGGGUUUUCAUCAUAGACUUUGACUGUGCCGAAUGGGCUUCACCAGAUUCCCUGACUGCUGAAGCAUUGCGUUUAAAUGAGAUCCUGGAAGGUAAAUACAAACAACGCCUUUUAUACUGA